CUUCUCGAUCACCUAUAAAUACAUAUAUAUGUAGAAGUGUACAUGAUAUACGAACUAAAUUUCAAACAACUGGUAAAUUACUAAACAAGACCAAGAAAAAUGGAGAAGAAAUACUUUGGGCUUUUGUUUUUGGUUCUCUUUUUCUUUGCUUCUGAAAUGAAGAUGGUGGUUGAGGUUGAAGGUGCCACAUGUGCAAAACCAAGCAAGUUCUUCAAAGGUGGUUGCUUUUCUGGGUUUUCUACUCCUGCUUGUAGGAAUGCUUGUAGCCAAGAGGGUUGGCCUACUGGAAUUUGUGUACCCGUUUUCAGAUGUGAAUGUCGAAGGACUUGUUAAUUAAUUAGUUAAGCACUUUGAAUUGCUCGAAAAACGAUAAGAUAUAUGGACCGGUGUGUUUAUGAUGACUGUCAUGAAUUAAUAAAUUUAAAAUCUUAUAUGUAGUAUUUCCUACUUGUGAUAAAAAGAAUAAAUGGUUGUCUUAUUGAUCAUAAGAAUAUUGUUAUACAGAGUAACUUUUGAUCAUAAGAAUAUUGUUACAAAGAGUAACUUUUGUUAUGUUGUUCA